AUGUUGGCUCUCCGUCGUAUACCUGCGGUUGCUGCAGACAGUCGAUCUCUCGCCAGAUCGUUUUCGACCGUCCAGCCCUUGCUAGCUCCAAAAAAUAAGAAAGAAUUAGAAGCCAAGAAAGCGCUGGAAAAGAGACAGGAGCGUAGAGAUGCUGUGAAGAAACUAGAGGCCAAGAAGCCUGCCAGCUCCUCUGCAUUGUUCAUGAGCGUGAAGGACGCCCUAAAAUAUUUGAGAGCCACCGAGGUGGGAAGAUCUCUCAAUGAGGCUUCCAUAACGAUCCAGACUCCAAUCUUGAAGGAUCGUGGUGUUGCUCCUCUGCAGGGUGCGGUCAGAUUGCCAAAGCCUUUGAAGGAAACAAAGAUCCUCUGUCUAACGAACGACGAGGCAAAGAUCGCCGAAGCUUUGCAGAACGGUGCUGCCAAGGCCGGCGAUGCCAAGUUGAUCGACGAGAUAGCAAACGGUACUUUGAGCGUCGAAGGGUUCGAUAAGGUGUUGGCUACGCCUGAUAUGGAGCCUUUGCUAAGAAAAGUGAGCAAGAUCCUUGGUCCAAAGGGCUUGAUGCCUAACGUGAAAAGAGGAACCAUCUCUGAGGACUUGAACAACCUUAUUCUCUCGACGUUAGGCACGCAGCCUUUCAGAGAAAGAAACAACUACGUGUCCUUGACCAUCGGUAAAUGCGGUUUCACGGAUUCAGAGAUAUUGAAAAACAUCUUGGCAACCUCGGAGGCGUUCAAGGAGAGCGUUCAAAACACAAAAUCGAAAAAGCCAAUUCUCAUGGGCCAAACGAUCCUCAGCUCGACCCACGGUCCUGGUAUUGUCAUUAACUUCUAG